AAUACCAUCCAGUGAGUCGGCGGCCGAACCAGCCCGGCAGGUCUUGCGGAGUAUAAAGAGCUGGAGGGAGCGGCCAGCCGCAGUCUCCAGGAGCCGGUUCCCGAAGGCUGAGCCCGAGCCCCGCAGCCCCCGCGCUCCUCCGCCGCACCAUGGCCCGGGGCCCCGGCCUCCCGCUGCUGCUGCUGCUGCUGCUGCCGGCCACCCUGACCCUCUUGGCGGCCGCGCAGGACGACUGCACCUGCCACACCAACAAGAUGACUGUGUGCAACCGGGACGGCCCGGGUGGACUGUGCCAGUGCCGCGCCAUCGGCUCGGGCUUCGCGGUCAACUGCUCCACCCUCACCUCCAAGUGCCUGCUGCUCAAGGCGCGCAUGAGCGCCCCCAAGAACGGCCGCGGGCUGGUGCGCCCCAGCGAGCACGCGAUCACCGACAACGAUGGGCUGUACGACCCGGACUGCGACCACGAGGGGCGCUUCAAGGCUCGCCAGUGCAACCAGACUUCCGAGUGCUGGUGCGUGAACUCGGUGGGCGUGCGGCGCACGGACAAGGGCGACCAGCACCUGCGCUGCGACGAGCUGGUGCGCACCUACCACAUCCUCAUCGACCUCCGCCACCGCCCAGCAUCCCGCGCCUUCAACCACUCGGACCUGGAUGCCGAGCUGCGCCGGCUGUUCCGCGAGCGCUACCGGCUGCACCCCAAGUUCGUGGCGGCCGUGCACUACGAGCAACCCACCAUCCAGAUCGAGCUGCUCCAGAACGCGUCGCAAAAGGCCCCCGGCGACGUGGACAUCGCCGAUGCCGCCUACUACUUCGAGAGAGACGUCAAGGGCGAGUCCUUGUUCCAGGGUCAUGGUGCCUUCGACCUGCGUGUGCGCGGGGAGCCCCUGCAGGUGGAGCGGACGCUCAUCUACUACCUGGACGAGAAGCCGCCCCAGUUCUCCAUGAAGCGCCUCACCGCUGGCCUCAUCGCCGUCAUCGUGGUGGUGGUGCUGGCCGUGAUCGCAGGCGUGGUGGUCCUGGUGGUCACCAACAAGAGGAAAUCCGGGAAGUAUAAGAAGGUGGAGAUCAAGGAGCUGGGGGAGUUGAGGAAGGAGCCCAGCUUGUAGGUAUCGACCCAAGAGAGAGGGGGCGGGGGUGCUGCUAGAGAGCCACGGAACUUGAUUCCUGGGGGUGGGUGGGGGGGGAGAUAGGUCUCCUCCCAAAUUCCUGGCUUCCUCCACCCGCGUCCAAUUCUAUAGCUCUUGGCCUCAGGGUCACCGUUCUCUGAAUUCUAUCUUAAAGAAGCAUUUCUAAACACCCCCACUUUUUUUUUCUUUUUUACUCCUGUCCAAUAGCAAAAAACCCGAGUUAAACUAAAGAAAGUUUGGUGUAGACUUGUAUAGUAUAAAAAUGAAGUGUCUGUGUGACAAACCCAGCGUGUCUCUCUGUCUCUCUCUCUCUCUUCCUUCCUCCCUCCCUCCCUCACUCCCCCACUCCCUCUCUCCUUCCCCCACCCCCCUCUCUUUCUCUCUUGAAAGUAAGCAUUCGAUUUCGAAGGCUUAAAUGAGUCUCGGUGGUGAACUUUACUGUCUGGGGUUUAGUUGUUUAAUGAGUUUCACUGACACCAUGGCAAACGCUAGAAGAAGAACUGACACCAUGGCCUUCCUGAUGAGACUGAGUUUUCUAGUCGGACUCUUCGUCCUCUUUUUACCACCUUUGGGUUUACCGACUAUGUAUGUAUAUAUUUGUCACCGGGAAAGCAGUCUGUUCAGCUGCCUGAACACGUUUUAGGUAUCAUCGACUGCAGACCUUGCCCCUCCCAAAUGGAUUCUUCAACUUGCCUUUUUUACAGCUCAUAGUAGAAAUCUUUCUUUUGUAAAAAUGUUUGUACAUAUGUUGUCUUUGAUAAUGCUGCUGUGAUUUUUUUUUUUUAAAGAAAAACAUGAACUUAAUAAAAUACAGAAAAGGCACAGACCCAAAGAUGGAAGUUUGUGGAAAUUUUCUGCAAAUUUAUACCGCC